AUGAUUAAUUUACCUUGUACCGUGGCCUCGAUGUCACAAAUCGCGCCCUGUCAGAACGUACCCGUACAGACGAGUCAGUAUAAUUUUCCAACAUGCCAACAACGGCAAACCAGUACUCAGCAGAUGCAAACUGCUACAUGCGGUCCGUGUUCCGGAAUUUCUCAAGGACCCUUCGUUCGCCAGCCAGACACUUACGUAGUAACGCACCAAUGUGCAUCGCAGCCAAUAACGAAUCCAUGCCAACCCGUCUUCCAAAGUCCAUGCAAUCCCCUGCCGAGUCAUCCCAGCUGCGGCCAGCUGCCGCAAAAUAUUCUGGAUCAGAUCCGCGCGUGUGUCAGCAACACCGCGCCCAUUUUCAUCCUGCCCGGUAAUUGCCAACAAUCACCGGCGCCUCAGCAGCAGCAGCAACAACAGCCGACUUUGCCGCAGGCGACGGGUUUGCCUCCUCCGACAACAACCGCGUAUCCGCCGACAGGAUUGACUUAUCCGGCCGCGUGUUACCCGCCGCCACCGCCGUUUUAUCCUUAUCCCAUGCCCAUGCCGUUUUACGAUCCGUCUACUCGCGCGCGAGACAUCGCGCAGAGUUGCGGAUGCUGCCGGCGAAGGGAUAUCGAUUCGACAGAUAUCAGAAGCAUCGCGCGAACCGGUUGUCGUUUCGACUCCGAUCUGGACGAGCAUCAUUGCGUGCCCACAACCGACGACACCAUCUGCGCGAAGAGAAACUGUCCGUCUUCAUUGCAUCUUCAAGCAUUGGCAUCUCAAUUUCUCUCGAUGCAGGGUAUCAUUGCGUGCGCUGCCACGCGAUUGAUAUUGCGCAAAGUGCCCGGUUCGAACGUAACCACUACCAUGGAAGAUACGAUGGCGAAGGCGCAGAAGGCCAUAAGCGUUUUGACGAAGGAUCAGCUGUUGUCGGAGUCGAGGAACGCGCAGCAAGUUAACACGUUGAUCAACCUGCACAUGACGGCCAAUCCGCCGCCCAAUAUCAUCCCGAUCCUCACCCUGGUACAGCUGAAGAUGAAUCUGCUGAAGGCGCAGGUCGAGGGACUCGUCAACCAGAAGAUGAUGGAAAUUCAGGGCGUUGGUGUGGAGGUGGAGACGGAACUUAUAGAUCCCACGGUACUCGCUCUAAAGUCCGAUGCCGAGCUGCGAGACUUUCUAUCGAUAUUACGACAGAAGGAAUGCGAUGAGCGAGUGAACGUGAAUUUCGCACCCUAUCGCUCGCAGCGAGCGAUCGCGGAGACUCGGCUGAGGAAUAUUCAAAACAAGCUUCGUCAAGUGGAGACCGAAUUCGAUCGUAGACGAUGCGCGAUGCUACCGGCGCCGACGUUGACGUCGCGUAUCGUGCAGCAAUUCUCCAGACCGUGUUACUCGGCGAGAUUCGAGGAUCCCAGAAGAUUGUACAGCACUUUACCCCCGGACAUUCCUCGCUCGCCCGAUCCGUUCGUCUGCGCAAAACCGCGCAGUCCCAAGAGGCUGCUGUUGAAACCGUGCAGAAGCAAGCCCGAAACUAAGUCGACGCAAGUCACUGCUCCGACAACCAGCACGCCCGGCAAUCCGCCAAAAACGACGACCGAUAGUGGUGCCGGUCCUACAAAGGAAGGUUCCUCGACAGCCGACCUUCAGCGACCUUCCAGCACGGAGGAUUGCACCUGCGACAGGACGACGUCGGACGAGAGCGUCGAUGAGGCUAAAAAAAAACUCCGUCCGAGGAUCGUCGAGAUAAAGGCGUGUAACGUCGAGGAACCGUCGUCCUUGAUAAAGCUAACGUCGAACGUCUGUGUGAGAUACGGAGCGAAUUCGCGAAAAUGCAACGGGAAAAGCGACGUGGAGACUCCAUGCGAUGCGAAAUGUUGGAUGGCCAAAACGUAUAUCAAUGUCAUCGACGAUGAAUCGGCGAGGACUUUAACGGGAUCGGAGAGCGACGCGAUUACGCUCAGAGGGAAGAUCGAUGCAGAGGACGUUUGCGAAUCGCGAGAUGCGAUUGAGAUUCGAAGCUUGGGCCAAAUAAUGGAUCGGCAGGAAUUUACAAGUUCGGCGGAUCUGCGACAGUUUGAAAAACAAGCAGAGACUGCGAUCGCAAUUUCGAGAAAGAAUGAGGCAAUUAAGGACUACGACAUUGAGACUAGGCGCUUGCAGGAUGUCUCGUCGCCGAAAGUUGAGCAGACGGAGGUGAAAACCAUAACUAUUGAAGAAGUCACGGACGAUGAGCCAAUUUCGAGUGCGCAGGAAACGAACCGAAAAUCACCGAACGACUAUAUUUCAUCGCUAGAAAUUACGUUAGGGUCGAAGAGAGACCAGCAAGAAGAUGAACGGAAAGAUAAAAACGGCCAAAUCUUUUCCGCGAUUGAAACGAUAGACCGAAGCGCAAAUCAAGUACCAAAAAGCAAGAAAAAGACGAGAUUUCACGACGAGAUUGUUUCGUUGAUGACGAAUAUCGUAUAUAAUAACGAAAAUCAUGAAUAUCGAAAUGAAAUUGAUAAGAAAAUAGUAACAAGAGAGAUAAGUAUAAUUGCCGAUCAGGAUAUUGAAAAAUUGGAUAAAUGCAAUUCGAUAGAAAAUCUAAGAAAUGCCAUCACGCACGAUAUUAUUGGAAAAGAUCAUCCACAGAACAUGUUUCUAGAAAAACUUGAAGAUCUUUCAAAGCUCUGCGUCGAUCGUCAAUGCCAGACUGCAUCUAAGGAAAAGAAAACAAUAUCUUUGUUAAGAAUAAAUCUCUUUGCUCCGUUCAAGAAUAUGCAUAAAUAUAUGGCAGAUAAUGAGAGAAACGGAAACGACGUAGGAGUUUAUCCAAGUCCGAUAACGAAAGCGGGAAUUACGGCUAGGAAACGUUUAUCCCACUGGAACGAUGUCGCAAAAAAUAGCCCGGAAACUCGUUACAAGGAUAAUGCGCGUUAUCCGCAUUCCAGUACGAAAUGCGAAGAAAGUUUUGUGUCAGAAAUAUUUUCUGUUAUCGCCAAUCGCGUGAUUGCAUUCGUCAAUAAAGUAAUUACAUUGAAUGGAAGACUGUCGUAUCCGAAUCGUGGCGUAAUAGAAAAUAAAAGACAUUUAAACAUUAAUCCCUUAGGAGCAGUCACUCCGAUAUGCAGUCACCCCGAGCUAAUCUUAAAAGAUCACGAUCCAAAUAUCUUGCAUCGUUCCUUUAAUUUAAAUCGAGGAACACUUGAUAUAAUCAGCAAAUGUAAUUUUCGCGACGCGAGCUUAUCACGGGUUUCUACGGGAGAGGGAUACGAUAAGACGCGUAAAAUAAGACACUCGAUAAUCCGAGACCAGGAAAAUGAUACGAAAUAUUUAUUGAUCAGCACGUCGAGUCGUGAUUGCGAUCUUACGCUGAUACGUGAUUUAGGACACCCUUACGAGAUCCAGAGAAGCCUUCUGAUACGCAGUCGAUUGAAAAAUCGUUCGAGUAUGCAGGACCCUCCACAUCCUUUUUCGCUUUUGAAACGCAUUGGGAAAAAUAUACCUCAGAAAUUCCAUCAAACGAGACGUAACGGAAAUGUAGAAACGUUUAAAGAAAUGAAAAUACGCAAAUUGAAGAAUAGCGAAAAAUUCUGGGCAUUAUCGGAAGUUAUAAAAACGCGCGAUAAAGUAUCGGAAAUAAGGGAAUAUGGUACUGAAUUUAAACAAGUUUUACGCGAAUAUUCGCACGAUAUUACGAUUAAUAAUGCAUUUACUACGCAAAAACGUGGAAUUGUUGAUAAUAUCGAUUUAGCUGACGAUGAAUUCGUGAUAAACGUUCAUGAUUAUUCCGGAUUGCAAACUGAAAUAAAUACAAAUACGUGCGAAAAUCGCAGCAUAUGUUUAUUAUUAUCUAGCAACUGACAAGAGUAUACUGUUAUACCAGCAAAUAUAAUUCGGAAUUAUAAAAAUAUUAUUUAUACGACCCUCUCCUUUUCGCUAAAACGGUUAAAUAAAGUACACAAUUAUCGAGUAUAAUAUAACUUCGUUCCUUUAUUAAUAACUUUUAUUCCUUCAUCAGUGAUCUAUUCUCGUCGCUAUAGCCGUCUAAUGAGAAUCUUUAAAAUUGUGACGUAGUAACAGUGUAUGACGAUAAAGUUUUGAAUGCGCUUUUCCAGAAUCG